AUGUCCGAUUCCCCCGCGCCUUCGAUUCACGUUCAAAACCUGACCUACCAAUUCCAAGAUGGAUCAUCUGGUUUGACGGACGUGAGUCUCCAGGUACCCUCCGGGAGCCGGACGCUACUCAUUGGAGGUAAGAGAAGCCACCGCGCCGUAUUGAUCGAGUCUAUGGAUAUUAACAGAAUGGCAGCCAAUGGCGCAGGCAAAACCACGCUGCUCCGCUUGUUAGCAGGUAAGCGUCUCGCUCCGAGGGAUACGAUUUCGAUUGGAGGCAAGGAUCCCUUCACGGACGGACUCGAGGGAGUGACAUACCUUGGGAUGGAAUGGGUCCUCAAUGCCAUCGUCCGCUCCGACAUUGAUAUUCCGACACUGCUGGCCUCGGUCGGCGGGGACGCCUACCCCAAGCGAAGAGACGAGCUGGUGGACAUCCUUGACAUCGACCUCAAUUGGCGCAUGCAUACCGUCUCCGAUGGCGAGCGGCGUCGCGUACAACUGGCCAUGGGCUUGCUCCGGCCCUGGCAGGUGCUGCUUCUCGAUGAGAUUACCGUCGAUCUGGACCUCCUUUCGCGGAGCAAUUUCCUCGCCUUUCUCAAACGUGAGACGGAAACCCGGCCGUGCACGAUCGUAUAUGCUACGCAUAUUCUAGACAACCUGUCCCAGUGGCCGACUCAUCUUGUACAUAUGCACUUGGGAAACGUACGGCAGUGGGGUCCAAUGGAAAAGUUCAACGACGAGGUUCCGGAGACGUCGCAGAAUAGUCAACUUGGUGAGCUUGUCCUCAAGUGGCUGAGGGAAGAUCUGAAAGCCAGAGGGCCUCGGAAUGGGCGACAUGGCCAAGGCAAGACCUACGAAUCUCACGAGGGAAAAGGAGGGUAUGGAUUUGAAAAACGCAAUUGA